AGAGAGGAAACCACAGGGAGAACAGCAGAGGGAGAGGGAGAAGCAAGCUCCCUACUGAGCAGGGAGCCUGACGUGGGGCUCAAUCCUAGAACCCGGAGACCAUGACCAGAACCAAAGGCAGACGCGGAACUGACUUAGCCACGCAGACACCCCCAGAGCUCCUAUUCUAACUAAAACAAGGAAUGAAAAUCCUCCCUGGGAUCUCAGGGUUCAGAGGUCCCUGGUGACCUUUGGAAGAGUUGCUUCAGCGGAGUGGUGGGGACCGAAGGCAGACCAGAGCAAGCCAGGCCUGGAGAGAGCUCUGGAAAGAAAAGAAGAAAGGUCUGUGUUGAUUUGCUUUUGGGGGAUCCUUCCCCCUCCUAAACUCCUGGGGGCAGAAAAAGUGAUUGGAAAUUUGACCUUGGAAAGACUGUGGAAGAGGGGACAGAAAGAGCCUAGAACAUUCCCCCAGAUGUUCCAGCUGUGACUUCUCCACCACCCCUUGAUGGUACCCUCCGAAAGGCCGGGCCCUGGCUGGAUGCUCCGGGAAGCAGAGAUGCGAAUUGAUCCCCAGCGGACAGAGAGGAGCAGGGGUUGGAGGCCAGGAGACAGGAGCAACGCCCCGUUACCCCUCCCCCCAGCCCUGUCCUUCUUCCUCCUCUUGCCCCUGGCCGGUGCCCUCCAGCCUGCCCCACUGCCCUUUCCAGAGCUGAGGCUGGUGGGGGGCCCCAGCCGCUGCCGGGGGCGCCUGGAGGUCUUGCACGGCGGCUCCUGGGGCAGCGUCUGUGACGAUGACUGGGAUGUGGUGGAUGCCAACGUGGUGUGUCGACAGCUGGGCUGCGGCCUGGCGCUGCCCGUGCCGCGGCCCCUGGCCUUCGGCCAAGGCCGAGGCCCCAUCCUGCUGGACAACGUGGAGUGUGGCGGGCAGGAAGCCGCGUUGAGCCAGUGCCGCAGCCGAGGCUGGGGCGUCCACAAUUGCUUCCACUACGAAGACGUGGCUGUCCUAUGCGAUGAAUUCUUGCCCACGCAGCCCCCAACAAGGAAAGUGUUCACGAGUCGGGUGCCCUCUACAACUCCCCAGCACGGGAAAGGUGAGGGCAGCGUGCGCCUGGUAGGGGGCACGGGCCCGUGCCAGGGCAGGGUGGAGAUCCUGCACGGCGGCCUGUGGGGCACUGUGUGCGACGACGACUGGGGGCUGCCGGAUGCUGCCGUGGUCUGCCGCCAGCUGGGCUGUGGGGCCGCCCUGGCCGCCACCACCAACGCCUUCUUCGGCUACGGCACGGGACACAUCCUGCUGGACAACGUACACUGCGAAGGCGGGGAGCCCCGCCUGGCAGCCUGCCUAAGCCUGGGUUGGGGUGUGCAUAACUGCGGCCACCACGAGGACGCCGGCGCGCUCUGCGCAGUGCUGGGCCCCCCGACUCUUACAGCACUACCACCCUUGGCCACAAGAGAGGACUGGGCCUGGCACACGGAGCCAGAAGCUACAGGAGUUGGUGCCCUGCCUUCCAGGGAGAUGGCACUGUUCACCACCGCUACCUGGGCCGCGGGGAAGAAAAGUAAGUGGCAGAGCCAGGGUUCUGGGGAGGGAGGGCGAGGGUGGGGCUGGGGCUCUGGAAGCCAGAGGUCGCAGCCCAGCCCCUAUGGCCGCGGGCCUCUGCGCCCUGCAGGCGGGCGGCUGCGGCUGGUGGGCGGCCCAGGCCCGUGCCGCGGCCGCGUGGAGGUGAUGUACGCCGGGGGCUGGGGCACCGUGUGCGACGAUGACUGGGACUUCGCGGAUGCGCGCGUGGCCUGCCGCGAGGCGGGCUGCGGGCCUGCGUUGGGCGCCACCGGCCUCGGCCACUUCGGCUACGGGCACGGCCCGGUGCUGCUGGACAACGUGGGCUGCGCCGGAACGGAGGCCCGCCUGAGCGACUGCUUUCACCUGGGCUGGGGUCAGCACAACUGCGGCCACCACGAAGACGCCGGGGCGCUCUGCUCAGGCCCAGAGGAGCUAGGACUGCAAGUCCAGCAGGAUAGUUCUGAGACCACCCGGGUACCCACUCCUCGGCCAAGGGACGGGCACCUGCGUCUGGUCAACGGAGCCCACCAAUGUGAGGGACGUGUAGAACUCUUCCUAGGGCAACGGUGGGGCACUGUUUGCGAUGACGCCUGGGACCUGCGGGCCGCCACUGUCCUGUGCCGCCAGCUGGGCUGUGGCCAGGCCCUGGCAGCUCCCGGCGAGGCCCACUUUGGCCCAGGCCGAGGCCCUAUCCUGCUGGACAAUGUCAAAUGCCGAGGGGAUGAGAGUACUCUUCUGCUCUGUUCUCACAUACGCUGGGAUGCCCACAACUGUGACCACAGUGAGGAUGCCAGUGUCCUGUGCCGGUCAUUGUGACCCAGCCCGUUCUGCAGACCAUCUCUUCUGGGAGCCUGCUGUGGCUUCUCCCUCUUCCUCCAGGAAGCCCUCCUCCUGUGUCAACUUCAGUUCACCCUACCCUUCCCUCCUCUUGCCUGGGAGAGAACACACUCAGACAGUGUGGUCCUGCCUGGAGGAGCCUAGAGCCGGACUCUACCCAUCAACUUUCUGUGUGACCUCACCUGUCAUCAGCUACCAUGGGCCCGGUUCAGUGAGAGCUCCCACUUUCUGCACAGCCAAAACAUAAAGCAGGGAGAAGGGAAUGACUUAACUCUCUUCUUUGGUGGGGCUCCUGUUAGAGCAUCUUCCUGGAGCCUGGUCCAGGAGGCUCAGGGGCUCUCUGUAAAUGGGGUAUCUCCCUUACCCCCACCCAUAUUGGGAUUCUCCAAGAAGAGGGAAGGCAAGAGAGGCCCACAGCUCUUAACUUUGACUGUCUAGGGCUGCAGAAGAACCCCGGUCAUUGCCCUGGCCUUCUCCAAGAGGGCCCAGACUCAGAUGGUGCUUGGCUGGACAAGGGGACUGGAGGGGCCAAAGCAGGGACAGUGGCCCCUCCGAGCAGCUGGAACCAGCAUCUCUGAUUUAUGCUGCCCCCACCACAGAGCCCCCACUUUGCAGUAGCAAAGAACCCUGGGGGACUGUAGCCACCUGUUCAUAGGUGCCAAGUCAAUAAAGCAUUGUCCCCCCCAACCCCCAUCUUUUAACUUGUGGGCAAAAGUGCAUCAUUUGUAGCAGCAGGAAAGACUGGUUAGGACUCUGGAGAAAACUGGCUUGGGAACAGAGGGUAGAUCAAAAGCAUCCUGGAGAGCUCUCAGCAGGCCCCCACAUCUUGGAAAUGCUGAGUCAUGAUACAAGGCCUGGGAGGCCCCACAGGGUCUCCGAGCCCAUCUCGAGCCCAUCUCGGCCUUCCUUUUGCAUAUAGAGAAAUUUUUCCACUGAAGGAAAGGGUCUGCUCCAAGACACAUUGCAAGAUGGGCAGAGUCACUAGAAGCAAAACUCAAGAAGAAGAAGGGAGAAGGGAGCAGAGCAGCACUGGGGCAUUCCCAGGGGCUGCUCCUGGGGCAGCUCACCCAGAGCUCCAGGGGCAGAGAGAAGUGGGGGAUCUUGCCAGAGCCCCUCUCAGGCU